AUACAUAAACACCGUCGAAACUCGGGGAUGCUCUGGCUUCCUUAACCAAAUAGAAUCUCCGCGUAAAAAUUCCGAUUUUCAGUUGUUUCUCCUUUCCAUUACGGCAUUACCCACCUCUCUCUCUCUCUAAACGCAACCUCUCUCACUCUAAAAUAAAUUUUUACACCUAUAUAUUAUAUACACAGAUCCUCGGGAUCUUUCUCUGUAUUUUUUUCUGUCACUCCGUUUUGUACAAUUUUUAGAUAGAAUCAAAGGUGAUAGGAAGAAAGAUCGCAAAUGGGUUCGGUUCCGCCUGAGCUGAGCUUGGAUUUUAGGCCGACUUUUGUACCCAAAUCAAUCAGUGAUUUCCUCGGGGAGGUUUCCAGGAUUGGGGACGUCUCGGAGAGGGCAUCGAAGCUCGAAGAUUUCGUGAAAACAUUGGAGGAAGAAUUGAGGAAGAUCGACGCGUUUAAACGCGAGCUUCCUCUCUGCAUGACUUUAUUGAACGAUGCGAUUCGAGCUCUGAAGGAGGAGUCAAUACAAUGCACUGCGCCAAAUGAGGCUCAACCACUGUUGGAGGAGUUCAUACCACUGAAGAAAGAUUGUGAUCGAAGUGAAGAAACCAAGAAAGAAAAAGACUACAGGGAUAAGAAGAAUUGGAUGAGCUCAUUUCAGCUCUGGAACACUGAUGAUCAUCCCUCUACUGAUUGCACGAAACAUAACGCCAAAUCAGAAACGAAGGGGAGCGAGGAAGCAAGUGAAUUAGGAAGUGAGGACCCAUUCCAGUCUUGUAAAAACAGGGUUGAAGGGGUGGGAUUUAUGCCAUUCAAGGCAUAUUCAGGUUAUCCCGUUGCGAGCAAGGAAGAAAGGGAGGACUUUCCAGUUCAUGGGCUUUCGCUUCUCACUCCGGGGAUUAAGAAUUCGAGGGAAGAAUCCAAUUCUAACGGUUCGAGAAAUGGAUGUAGCAGGUCAGUUUCCUCCUCUGAUCCUACUGCAAAUAUACGGAGCGUGACACAACACCCGCAGCAGCAGACAGCUAGGAAGCAGAGGAGGUGCUGGUCACCAGAGUUGCACAGGCGGUUUGUCAAUGCUUUGCAGCAACUUGGAGGUUCACAAGCGGCCACGCCAAAGCAAAUUAGAGAACUGAUGCAGGUGGACGGACUCACCAAUGAUGAAGUUAAGAGUCAUUUACAAAAAUACAGACUACAUACUCGAAGGCUUCCAGCUAAUAAUGCAUCAGCUGCUCCUACAAAUCAAUCUGUUGUUGUUUUAGGAGGUUUGUGGAUGCCCCAAGAUCAGUAUGGUGAAUCUUCUAAGGCUAGCAGUUCCCAGUCUGGAUCUCCCCAAGGUCCCCUCCAGUUAACUGGAAACACUGGAGGGACUUCAACCACCGGGGGUGACAUCAUGGAAGAUGAUGAAGAUGCAAAAUCUGAAGGCUAUAGCUGGAAAAGUCACAUUCCAAAACCUGGAAAAAUCAAUGUAUAGAGCUCAUCCCACCAUGAAUUUUGCGGAUAGGAAGUAUAUACAUGGAGGAGAUAAUUACUAUACAAGAAAUAUGAUACUACAUAUAAAUGAGAAGGAUCUUGAAUGAGGCUGUUAAAUUUUGCAGGAUUAGCUUUCCUUCUUUCUCAAAAUUUGAGUUGUUUUUUUUUUUUGUCUCGGGAUUGGUACAAGAAUUCUACAUGCCAAAUCCAUGCCUGCAUGGAAGAAACAAGGCCCAUUUCUCCCACAUGAUAAAAGUCUCUUUACUAAGUUAGAACAAUAUAUUUCUUCA